GGAUUUGAGUACUCCAAGUAUAUUCAUGCAAGUGAAAUCAAAGUAACAUCUAUAUCACUUCAGAUUCUAUUGAAAUGCACUCUGUUCUAUUCAAAUAAAAGUCCAGCCCCGAUUUGUAGCUGAUUCAAGUGCUAACAUAAUUAUUUUUCUUCUGCUAUGGGUACUCUACUCAUAAAAAUAGACGAUGAGCCUCAUGAGCCAAAUGAAAUGAUGGAUCCUUCAUUAUAUGAAUUUAUAAAGCUUGACAGCGUUGUUCCAUUUAAGAGCUGUGUUCGAAAACGUUCAGCAAAGGAGCUACAGACUCCCGCUGGGAAUUCACUACUUCAUGUAGCUGUAAGCUAUGGAAGUGACAAUAUUACAUCUUAUCUGGCUGAAACGUUUCCUUCUCUAAUCACCAUCCAAAACAGCCAGAAGGACACAAUCCUUCAUCUUGCUGCCAGAGAAGGAAAGGCCAGUCAUACAAUUAAAUCUCUUGCGGAAUCGAAUCCGAGCUUGAUGAGGAAGAAAAAUACAAAGGGAAACACUCCUUUGCAUGAUGCAGUGAUCAAGGGCAACAAAGAACUUGCCAUUUUCCUAGUUUCCAAAGAUCCAGAAGUGGCCUAUUACAACAACAAGAAUGGCAGGUCUCCUUUAUAUCUGGCAGUCGAGAACGGCAAUAAGAAAGAGAUACUUGAUUAUCUCUUGAAAACGGAAGCUUCGUUCCCUAUAGAAAGUGAAGAUGGUGAUGCCCUACCAAAAGGAAAGUCACCAGUUCAUGCUGCCAUCGAGCAACGUAACAGAGAUAUAUUGGAGAAAAUAGAAAAAGCAAAGCCAGACCUAUUAUGUCUCACUGAUAAAGAGUUGGGAAAUUCACUGCAUUAUGCAUCAUCCAGUGGUUUUCUGGAAGGAGUUCAAUUCCUUUUACAAAAGUUUCUCAAUGGUGCUUAUAAAAGAAACCAUGAAGGCAACUAUCCUAUCCAUCUAGCAUGCAAAAAUGACUCUGUUGAUGUAGUCAAGGAAUUUCUGAAGAUUACCCCCUUUCCAAAAGAAUUCCUCAAUGAAAAAGGGCAGAACAUUCUUCAUGUAGCGGCGGAAAAUGGAAAGGGCAAUGUAGUUAGGUACAUACUCAGACAAGAGAAGACGCUCGUAGAACCGCUGCUAAAUGAGAUGGAUGUUGGGAAUUCCGACCGGUGA